GAUAUUCCACUUCUCAGCUGUGGCCCUUAUCCUUAUCUGAAGAUCAGAUGUGUUGUUUGUGUUCUAAAGCCUGAUAGAGAACAGUGAGGUUUGAACGUUCUGUUGUAGUUCUACAUGCUCCGUUACACAUUGACCACUGUAAGGAAAUGUUUGAUCUUCUUCAUGCUUAAGGGAUUUUCUAACAAGAAACUUUAGCCAGGAAACAAGUCAUCUUUUAAAAAGGUUUAGGACUUUCAUGGAUGAUGACUAAAAGUGAUCUAUGUUGCUAAACAGAAAAACAACUCCUAAUAACUUUUUAACUAACCUUUAAGAACACAAAUACUACAGGUCAAACAUAAUGAAGAAGGAAAGAUCUUUUCUAUAGCGCCUCUAAAGAUAAAAAUCACGAGGCGCUUCACAAAAACAAAAAAUGUAAAAAAUAUAAAAAAUAAUUUAGAAAAUGAUUAAAAAUAUAUUUAAAAUGAGCAAAAAAUAGACAAUUGUGAUUAAAAAUGUAAAGGAAGAGAGAGUGAACAGGAAAGCGGGAAAUCAGCGGAUCCUGAGGAAGGUGGAAUAGGUGGGGAGAGCAGAAUAAAGAGAGAGGGGUAGAAGAAGGUUAUACAAAAGCCAGCUUGAACAAGUGAGUCUUCAGCUGCUUUUUAAAGGAGACCACUGAGUCCACUGAUCUCAGUCUCAGGGGGAGAGAGUUCCAGAGUCUGGGGGCCACAGCAGCAAAUGAUCUGUCACCUUUGGUCUUUAGCCUGGUGCUGCACAACCAGUAGGCUUUGAUCACUGGACCUCAGGGACCUGCUGGGGGUGUAGGGACUAAGAAGGUCAUCAAUGUAAGAUGGUGCUUGUCCAUGUAAGGCCCUAUAGACCAGAACCAGGAUCUUGAAAUGAACCCUGAAGUUGACUGGCAGCCAGUGAAGCUGGAGGAGAAGCGGGGUGGUGUGGGUGUGUUUGGAGGACUUGGUCAGAAUCCGAGCACAGACAUUCUGAACCACCUGUUGACGGUUCAGGGAGGUUCUGCUCAGACACGUGAAAAGAGAGUUACAGUAGUCUAAGCGUGAGGAAAUGAAGGUGUGGAUAACAGUCUCAAGUUCAGAGCGGGACAGAAUGGGACUCAGCUUAGCAAUGUUCCUGAGAUGGAAGAAGGAAGAGCGAACAAGAGAACUGACAUGAGAAUCCAGGGUGAGAGCUGGGUCAAAGGUCACGCCAAGAUUCUUGACGGAAGGUUUUGUGUGAGAAGAAAACUGACCAAGAGAGUCUCGGACUUUGGGAACCAGCUUGUCUGGGGCACAGAUGAGGAUCUGUCUCAUCUUCAUUCAGCUGAAGAAAGCUCCCAGCCGUAACAGCUGCAGCUUAGACAUCUCAUGGGGCUUAAAGGAGAUGUACAGUUGGAUGUCAUCUGCAUAAAGAUGGUAGGAGAUUCCUUUGAAGGAGCUCAGGAUGUGCUGAAGAGGAAGAGAUAGAGGAGGAAGAGCAGAGGCCCCAGCACAGAACCUUGUGGGACACCAUGGGUAAGGGAAGUGGUGGAGGACCUAACCUUGGAAAUGGCCACAGAAAAGGAGCGCUCAGAAAGAUAAGAGGAGAACCACUCCAGAGCAGUUCCUGAUAGGCCUACCCAGUCUCUCAGCCUCUCCAGUAGCAGGUGAUGGUCAACAGUGUCAAAGGCUGCAGUCAGGUCCAGCAGGACCAGAACAGAACAGUCCCCUGCAUCACUGUGAGUCAGAAGGUCAUUAGAGACCAUAAGAAGAGCUGUUUCAGUAGAAUGAGCUCUACAAAAACCUGACUGGAAGCUAUCAUAGAUGUUAUGUUCAUCAAGAGCAGCUGUGACUUGUUUAGCCACAACCUUUUCCAAGAUCUUGGAGAUGAACGGAAGUUUAGAGAUGGGUCUGAAGCUGUUUUGGAGCUAAUGCAGGUCAGUGAAGCUAAGCGUCCUGGGAACAGUCUCACUUGUUUACCCAUCCUGGUUUAGAGUUUCAUAUUUACACCAAAACAUAGCAGUUAGAUAAAGAAGAAAGAGAGAAAAGGUCAGGGGAAAAUGUUCUCAGUUCUUCGUGUUGGGGGUGAGAACGACGCUUUUCAUCAGGUGGUUCAGCUCCAGCCAAAGAUCUGGGCGGAGGGCUCUGGUCAGUGGAGCACGGGUCUGUGUGAAUGCUACAAAGAUUUGGGAGACUGUUGCUUUGCCUUUUGCUGCUUCCCAGUGUUUACCUGUAAGGUGACCAGUGCAGCAGGGGCGUGUCCCUGUCUGCCACUGCUGGACUGUAUCAGCUGUGUUCCUCCAGCUUCUCUGGCCAUGAGGGCGUCUGUUAGGGAGCGAUACGGCAUCCAGGGGAGCGUGUGGAGCGACUGCCUGUACGGAUGCUGCUGCUAUCAUCUAUCCUGGCUCCAGAUCUCCAGAGAGCUGAAGAGAAGAAGAGCAGCAUCCCACGCCUCCUCCUCAUCCUCAGCCAGAUACACCGCGCUCACCUCCCUGCAGGGGGCGCACUUGGUCUAGACACGUCCAGGACCAGGAGCUCGGGCCUCCCAGCUGAGAGGCAAACUCAGAGAUGAAGUGAAAUAUGUUCUGGUUUCAUGUUGAAUUUGUUUUUG